AUGAACUGUAAACUGGUAAACCAGUUCAUCAACUGGUUCCUGAGGAGCGGAUGUGGUUGCCACACGUGGUCCAGGACCGGGGUUAAUGGUUGGACCGGGGUUAAUGGUAGGAGCGGGGUUAAUGGUAGUAGCGGGGUUAAUGGUAGUAGCGGGGUUAAUGGUAGGAGCGGGGUUAAUGGUAGGAGCGGGGUUAAUGGUAGGAGCGGGGUUAAUGGUAGGAGCGGGGUUAAUGGUAGUAGCGGGGUUAAUGGUAGUAGCGGGGUUAAUGGUAGGAGCGGGGUUAAUGGUAGGAGCGGGGUUAAUGGUAGUAGCGGGGUUAAUGGUAGUAGCGGGGUUAAUGGUAGUAGCGGGGUUAAUGGUAGGACCGGGGUUAAUGGUAGGACCGGGGUUAAUGGUAGGACCGGGGAUAAUGGUAGUAGCGGGGUUAAUGGUAGGAGCGGGGUUAAUGGUAGUAGCGGGGUUAAUGGUAGGACCGGGGUUAAUGGUAGGACCGGGGUUAAUGGUAGGACCGGGGAUAAUGGUAGUAGCGGGGUUAAUGGUAGGAGCGGGGUUAAUGGUAGGAGCGGGGUUAAUGGUAGGAGCGGGGUUAAUGGUAGUAGCGGGGUUAAUGGUAGUAGCGGGGUUAAUGGUAGGAGCGGGGUUAAUGGUAGGACCGGGGUUAAUGGUAGGACCGGGGUUAAUGGUAGGACCGGGGUUAAUGGUAGGACCGGGGAUAAUGGUAGUAGCGGGGUUAAUGGUAGGAGCGGGGUUAAUGGUAGGAGCGGGGUUAAUGGUAGGAGCGGGGUUAAUGGUAGUAGCGGGGUUAAUGGUAGUAGCGGGGUUAAUGGUAGGACCGGGGUUAAUGGUAGGACCGGGGUUAAUGGUAGGACCGGGGAUAAUGGUAGCACCGGGGAUAAUGGUAGGACCGGGGUUAAUGGUAGGACCGAGGUUAAUGGUAGCACCGGGGAUAAUGGUAGGACCGGGGAUAAUGGUAGGACCGGGGUUAAUGGUAGGACUGGGGUUAAUGGUAGGACCGGGGUUAAUGGUAGGACCGGGGUUAAUGGUUGGAGCGAGUUUGAGUACUCGGUCAAUCAGCUUGAGUACUCGGCCAGUCAGCUUGAGUACUCGGACAGUCAGCUUGAGUUCUCGGCCAGUCAGCUCCAGUACUCUGCCAGUCAGCUUGAGUACUCGCUCGAGUACUCGGCCAGUCAGUUCGAGUACUCGGACAGUCAGCUUGAGUACUCGGCCGGUCAGUUUGAGUACAUUUCCAGACAGCUCGCUUACUCGGCCAGUCAACUUGAGUACUCGGCCAGUCAGCUUGAGUACUCGGCCAGUCAGCUCGAGUACUCAGCCAGUCAGCUCCAGUACUCUGCCAGUCAGCUUGAUUAA